AUGGCAAACUUUUUGGCCCACAUUGAAGCCUUGCUUGGCUCGUCAGACCGCACACAACCAAAGGCAGAUACCACUUCAUGGACAAGGAUAUCGAAGAUUCUGAAAGGUGAAGAGGGUCAAGGCUUUGCUGAAGAUGAUUCUCUUUGGGAAGAACGCGAUUAUGAAGCGGAGGCCUCCGUUCUGGACCUUUAUCGCCUGCAAGAGCCUUCUGGGACGCCAGACACGUCUCUGCUACUUUCAGUACUGUAUAAAAAAGCUGAUGCAGACCAUAUUUCCCAAUCUGUACUGUCCAUAUUGUCUUCUCAUCGAACCAACGAUGAGAUAUCUGGGGAGCUCUGCGAGCUCCUGGGAUACGACGAAAUUGAGCUGGUUAUGCAAAUACUUGACAAUCGGUCUGCGGUCAUCCAACAGCUAAAUGUCGGCCCUACAUUUUCGAAACACGACAAUUCUGUUGUUCAAAGCAAACAAUCAAAAAACGAAUCUUACUCAUUUUCGAAAGAAAGUGUUCGUCGAAGGAUGCAACAGCAAUUGGAUGCGAAUGCUUCCCGUCCUCUGUACAGCGGGACUGAGCAAGCUGCUCCAGAAAUACUUCCUCAUGUCUAUACAUCUAGCAACGCAACACAAGGAAACGUAGUAUCCCAGUUUGGAUCCAAGUACAUGUUACCUCUGGGUACAACAAGGGAGACCUAUGAAGAAUACGAAGAAGUUGUUAUACCGCCUGCCAAACCGGUGCCACCCAGAUCGUCGGAACGUCUCAUCAAUAUUUCGGAGCUCGAGAGCAUCGUUCAAGGCAGUUUUACGGGAUAUUCAGCUCUAAAUCGAAUUCAGUCCAUAGUAUACCCCACUGCUUUUGGUUCCAAUGAAAACAUGCUCAUUUGUGCACCUACUGGCGCAGGAAAAACAGACGUUGCUAUGUUGACAAUCUUGCGGGUAAUUGACCAACAUCGAUUGCAAAAUAAAUCUUCCAGCAAUUUGCCCAUCCAUCAAACCAUAGAUAGAGAUGCAUUUAAAAUCAUCUAUGUGGCCCCUAUGAAAGCGCUCGCUUCAGAAAUCGUCCGGAAACUUGGAAAACGUUUAGCUUGGCUUUCAAUAGAAGUCCGAGAAUUAACUGGUGAUAUGCAGUUAACAAAGGCAGAAAUUGCACGGACACAAGUCAUAGUAACGACCCCAGAAAAAUGGGACGUCGUCACCAGGAAACCCACAGGAGAAGGAGAAAUUGCAUCCAGUUUAAAACUUUUGAUUAUUGAUGAGGUGCAUCUGUUAAACGAGGAACGAGGGGCGGUAAUAGAAACGAUUGUAGCGAGGACUUUGCGACAGGUGGAAUCCAGUCAAUCUAUGAUCCGGAUUGUAGGUCUCAGUGCUACCUUGCCGAAUUACAAGGACGUUGCAGAAUUCUUAAGUGUGUCUCGACACAAAGGUCUUUUCUACUUCGAUUCUUCCUUUAGACCUGUUCCUUUAGAACAACACUUUCUGGGAAUCAAGGGUAAACCAGGAAGUUCACUGUCACGUAAAAACCUUGACACUGUCACCUUCCAAAAGGUUUCAGACCUGGUUGCGGAAGGCCAUCAAGUCAUGGUUUUCGUUCAUGCACGUAAAGAGACAGUCAAAACGGCAACAAGUCUUCGCGAGAUGGCAGUUUUAGAGGGCAAUAUGGAACAUUUCAUCUGCGAAGAUCAUCCGCAAUUUAAUUUUUUCCGGCAGAAGAUUGGGGAGUCCAGGAACAAAGAGAUGAAGCAAUUGUUCGAUAGUGGCUUUGGAAUUCAUCAUGCAGGUAUGCUUCGGUCCGACCGCAAUAUGAUGGAGAGGAUGUUUGAAGCAAGAGCAAUAAAGGUCCUUUGCUGCACGGCGACAUUAGCUUGGGGUGUCAACCUACCAGCGCACGCAGUUGUCAUCAAGGGAACACAAGUGUACGACAGCGGGAAAGGAAAAUUUGUCGAUUUAUCUGUACUCGAUGUACUUCAAAUCUUUGGUCGUGCUGGUAGGCCAGGUUUAGAAUCCAGUGGGGAGGGUUAUAUCUGCACCACCGAAGACAAACUGACUCAUUACCUUGACGCUGUCACUUCCUCGAUUCCUAUCGAAUCACAGUUCCAGGCGGGCCUAAUGGAUGCUCUGAACGCCGAAAUUGCAUUGGGUACUGUCGCCAACCGUCGCGAUGCAGUGCAGUGGUUGGGCUAUACAUAUCUCUUUGUCAGAAUGCGUAUGAACCCGUUCGUUUACGGUAUCCCUCGCGAAUCUGUAGAAGAUGACCCGCAACUCGGUACUAAGAGAAACGAACUUAUCGCAAUUGCAUCCAAGAAACUUUUUGAAACCAAAAUGAUCACAUAUGACGCACAGCAAAGUCAAUUCCAAAUAACAGACCUAGGGCGAAUUGCGGCGAAAUAUUAUAUUCGUUAUACCUCAAUUGAAAUUUUCAAUAAAGAAUUUCGACCGAGGAUGUCGGAAGCAGAUGUGCUUGCGAUGCUGAGCAUGAGUACAGAGUUUGAACAAAUUCAAGUCAGAGAAUCGGAGGUUAAGGAACUGGAAGAAAUCAUGGAGCGAGUUCCAUGCGAAGUCAAGGGUGGUACAGACACAAGUGCAGGGAAGGUCAACAUUUUAUUGCAGGGUUACAUUUCCAGAGAGAUGGUCGAAGAUUUUGCUCUCGUUUCUGACAUGGCUUACGUUGCCCAAAACGGAGGACGUAUUGUGCGUGCUCUUCUCGAAAUAGCGGUCAGCAAGAAAUGGGCCAAUGUCACAUCUGUUCUGAUGGCUAUGAGCAAAUCAAUUGAAGGCAGGAUGUGGUCGUUUGACCAUCCUCUCCGCCAGUUUAAUCUCAAACCGGAGACAAUGUUUUCUCUGGAAAAAUGGGCAGACGACCUCUCUGUAUCUGACAUAGCUGGGAUGGAAGCCAGUAGUAUUGGGGAAAUGGUCCAUCUCAAUGAAGCACACGGAUUGGCAAUACUUAACGCUGCAAAACAAUUCCCUACAAUACAUAUCACUUAUACUCUGCGUCCCAUCACUUCGGAGGUCCUCAAAAUUUCAGUUGGCUUGACUCGCGCAUUUGAAUGGGCUUCUAAGGUUCAUGGGACAAGUGAGCCAUUUUGGAUAUGGAUUGAGGAAGAAAAAGGAGCGAAUAUUUUGCAACUGUCCCAUAUCAUUUUCCAUCCAACAACCGAGUUUUUAGACCUGGAUUUCUUCAUAUCAAUUCCUAAUGGACAACUUCCUCAAUUUGUUACUAUACGUUCCAUCUCAGACCGUUGGGUUGGUGCAGAGGAUUCGGUUAUGGUUACGUUCGACUAUGUGAUAAUGCCCCCAACCUCUCGACCUCAUACCCCAGUCCUUAAUCUCCCCUUCUUAACGAUUGACGACAUACAGUCAUCCUUCCCGAAAGACGUCAUUCCUCGAAGGUUUCAUACUCUUAACGUUUUGCAGACGCAAUCGUAUUGGAACUUCAUACAUAAUAAACGGAAUGCCCUUAUUUGUGCUCCUGCGGCCAGUGGAAAAUCUACUUUAGCCAGAAUGGCCGUAUGGAAUACUAUCUCAAAGUUAACUGAUGGGUGGAUACUUGUAAUAACUCCAACAAAAAUAGCUGCUAUGGACAUGGUAUCCGAACUUCGCCCUGGAGCCAACUCAAACGGAAUCCUUCUAGAAUACGGGGGUGACACAAAACGUCUUUUUUCGACACCGAAGUCUCGCACCAUCCGUGUAGCAACUGCGGACCAAUUAAUCCACGCCUUUCCGGCCAGCAUACAUCUGACCAAGCUGACUCGUCUUGAACUGGUGGUUUGCGACGCCAUGGAGCAGCUUACCUCUGCAUAUGAAUUUUCCAUCUCGAUGCUUCGGCUUGCGGCCAAAUCGUCCCCAGUGCGAUUCAUUGGGCUUUCUUCUUCUAUCAAUGACGCGUCUGAUCUUGCUAAGUGGCUAAGCGUCGAUAGUACAGCGAUACACAGCUUCCGACCUCAAGAUCGCGAUCAAUCUUUAAUUACUACUCGAAAAACGUUUUCGAUACCCUAUUCGGCGUCUCUCUUCAAAGCAAUGGCGAAACCCGCACAUCGAGCAAUCCAGGAUGCACCUCCAGGAUCUUUGGCCAUCGUCUUUGUUCCAUCCCGAGGGCAAUGCCGAUCCAUCGCUCUCGAUCUUAUCACAAGGUGCACUCUAGAGAUGGAGACGGGUAGAGGAUACAUUCCCGACGUCAUAUCGGAUGAUUUAGUGGGUGAUUAUUGCGCAAGGCUUCAAGACACAAGCCUUUUGGAUUAUGUCCUGAAAGGCGUUGGUUUUUACCAUCAGGGAAUACCAAAGCACGACCGGAACUUGAUGCUGGAAAUGUUCGCAGAAGGAAUUAUCCGUGUCUUGGUUGUCCCCAAAGAUUCAUGCUGGAGUCUCCCCGCGCGAGCGUCCGUAGUAGUUGUGAUGGGGACGCAAUACGUCCAUAUUGAAGAGGAAGGCUCACUACGUCAGAUUCGGGACUACAGUCUUACGGAAGUUGUGAGAAUGCAGAGUCGGGCAAUUCAAGAAUCAGGCACGGGUCACUUCCAUCUCUUUUGCCAGGCAGAUGCUUUGGAAACCUAUUCUCGCUUCCUCGACGAGGGUCUCCCUCUCGAAUCCGACCUUGCGGAAAGCGAAACUCUUCGUGACUGGGUCAAAUCAUUGCAGUCAUAUUCAACCAACGCUGACAAACAGCAAAUCGUCGACGCGUUAUCCUUCACUUAUUUAGCCCAAAGGGUCGUCAGUAAUCCAUCUUACUACGGCUUUACGGGAUCUGAUCGCGAUACUAAUUUGUCUGCAAUCGUGGAUCAUGUUAUAGACGAGAUAUAUGCGAAGAAAUAA